CAACAAUUUCUUUCACUAAAAUCCCUACCAACUAAGUCGCACCUCACUCACAGUCAUUCAUUCCCAUGGCAACAACGAAUACAGAUUCAUCCCAAUCUUCCUCAGUGAACAAAAUCGAUGUUUUCUGGCAUGAUGGAAUGCUCAACCAUGAUACAGGCAAAGGUGUUUUUGACACAGGAAUUGAUCCUGGUUUCUUAGAGGUGUUGGAGAAACAUCCUGAAAACUCAGACAGAGUCAAAAACAUGGUCUCUAUCCUUAAAAAUGGUCCUAUUUCUCCUCAUAUUUCUUGGAACCAUGGGAGACCUGCUCUCAUCACUGACCUCCAUUCUUUUCACACUCCUGAGUACAUAAAUGAACUGGUAGAAGCUGAUAAAGAAGGGGGAAAGAUGCUUUGUGCUGGCACAUUCUUGAACCCUGGAUCAUGGGAUGCCGCACUUCUUGCUGCUGGGACUACACUAUCUUCAAUGAAGCAUUUGCUUGAUGGACAUGGAAAAGUUGCUUAUGCUUUGGUUAGACCUCCCGGUCACCAUGCUCAGCCUUCUCAAGCUGAUGGAUACUGUUUCCUUAACAACGCUGGAUUAGCAGUACAAUUAGCUUUAGAUUCUGGAUGUAAGAAAGUCGUGGUUAUAGAUAUUGAUGUUCAUUAUGGAAAUGGUACGGCCGAGGGAUUUUAUUCAUCUAAUAAAGUUCUUACCAUCUCUCUUCAUAUGAACCAUGGAUCAUGGGGUCCGUCUCAUCCGCAGAGUGGUUCUAUUGAUGAGCUAGGUGAAGGAGAAGGGUACGGUUAUAACUUAAACAUACCUCUACCAAACGGAACUGGGGACAAAGGAUAUGUAUAUGCCUUCAAUGAGUUGGUUGUUCCAUCAAUCCAUAAAUUUGAGCCUGAUAUGAUAGUGUUGGUUAUAGGACAAGACUCAAGUGCAUUUGAUCCAAAUGGAAGGCAAUGCUUAACAAUGGAAGGCUAUAGAGAAAUCGGGCGGAUUGUUCAUAGUCUUGUGACGAGGCACAGUGAUGGACGACUUCUUAUUGUGCAGGAAGGUGGAUAUCAUGUAACAUAUUCAGCAUAUUGUUUACAUGCAACACUUGAAGGUAUUCUCAACCUACCAUUGCCUCUACUGGAAGAUCAUGUUGCCUAUUAUCCAGAAGACGAGACAUUUUCUGUCAAAGUUAUAGAAGCCAUUAAAGAUUAUGUAAAAGAUAAAAUGCCAUUGUGGAGAACAGAUUAACUUUUUGUGAUAUUUACUUUCUCUACAACCUUUUGUAAUGUUUGAAACUUUGAUAUUUCAUUGCAAAUAGGUUUUUAAAUUUUUUUUUUGCUUUCACCACCAGUUUAAUCUGAUUCGGGGGUUAAUUCUCUGGCAUCAAGUGGUUUCAGCCCUCUCCUGAAAUUGGUUUUUUAAAUUUUUUGUUACUGUAAUGUUUAUGCGAAUAUUGUGACUUAUUAUUAUUAAUUAUUAUUAACAGUUGGGAAUAUAAAAAUGCUCCACAUCCAAACCAAAACAUGCACACUGCAUUUAGUGGAGGAUUAAAAUAAA